GCCGACCACCGGCGUGCGCCGCCAUGUUCUCCCGGCUGCGUGGGUUCGUGCGGAGGCACCGCUACAAGCUGGCGGUGGUGGGCGCGCUGGGCGGCGCCGCCUACCUGCUCAAGUGGUAUGCGGAGCGCCGGCUGCGCGAGUGGGGCGACGGCGAGUCGCAGCGCAUGCUCGACAAGGUCAAGAAGCAGGCGCACUUCGAGAGCACGCGCGCCACGUGCGCCGCCAGCCUGAGCCAGCUGGCGCCGCGCCUGCUCAGUCAGCUGACGCGCCUGCUGGACUCGGACGCGCCGCUGGAGGCGCUGCGCACGGGCGCGCCGAACAAGCUGCAGAUGUGGCGCGAGCUGAAGCGCCUGGCGCUGCAGCGCGUGGUGGUCUCCGUGUACGGCGCCGCCUACCUGGUGGUGCUGCUACAGGUGCAGGUGCACGCGCUCGGCGGCUGCCUGUACGUGGACAGCGUGCGCCGGCUGCUGGGCGAGCCGACGGUCGAGCCGCUGGACGAGGCGGCGCAGGAGCGCUGCCUGGCCAGCAUCGAGCACCUGCUCACCGCCGGCCUGCAGCGGCUGACCGACGAACUGGCGCCGCUGCUGGCGCCGCUGGCCGACGCGCUGGCGCUCACCGACCGGCUCGGCCUGGAGGGAGUGGAGGCUCUGCUCUGGCGCGCCAAGUCGGAGCUGGACGAGCGGUCGCACGUGCGGCUGGCGCGCUACGCGCUGCCGGAGCCGGCCGAGGCCGACGGCGCGAGUGCAGCAGCCGCACCGCCCACCGGCCGGCUGGCCCAGCUGGCGGCCGAGACGCGCGACCUGCUCGACACGGCCGAGACGGAGGCACUCGUGCGAGAGUGCGUGCAGGCCGGCUUCGCGCACGUGCUGGACCAGCUGGUGCCGGCGUUCGUCGGCCAGGGCGGCGGCGGCGACGGGUUCGUGGCGCCGAACGCGGCCACCCUGCCCGUGGCCAAGCUGGUGCCGGCACUGACCAACCUGCCGCACGCGCUGCUGCGCACUGGACCCGACUCGCUGCCCUGGCUGCUGGCGAACCACCACAAGGUGCAAGUGCUGGCUGCUAACGUGUACGAAAGCUUCAGCGAGGUGACGCCGUGAGAGUGCGGCGCGGCCGCUCCGGUGGCGGCUGUCAUUGCAGCCGAGCCGGCGUGGUGAGCUCAUAGCUGCGUUCAGUCAUGCGGCCCGGACGAAGAGGGGUUAUGGUUGCUCUAUCGGACCACAGUCACGCCGUGUCACUUUUUACAGUGUGUGGCACGGGCGAAUCCUGUGUGGUUGACGAUGGGAAUUAUCAGUUAUCACGUUGGGGUGGUGUAUGUAUGAUCUUUUAAUAUAUGCCAGAUUCUGAA